AUGAAAGUUCAAUUUUGUACUGACAGGCACUGUAUUCUGAUUAUCAUCGAGGAUGUUGAAGAAAUAAUACAAUGGGAUUCAGAAAAGCCUAAAAAAAUAAGACAGGUUAAGAAGAAGAAAGUCUUGCCACCAGACAACUCAGGGGCAGCCACGAAGAUCCAGGCCUGGUGGCGGGGCACCCUGGUGCGCCGGACGCUGCUGCACGCGGCCCUCAGGGCCUGGGUCAUCCAGAGCUGGUGGAGGCUGGUUCUGGACAGGCAGCGGCAGAGGAUGCGCAGGGAGGCCCUGAUCGCCUACGCGACCCGAGAGAGGGCCGUGGUCAAGCUCCAGUCCUUAGUCCGCAUGUGGCGCGUGCACUGGCGGUACUGUCAGGUGCUCGAAGCCAUCUACGUCAUCCAGUGUCACUGGCUGUGCCACAACUGCCAGACCUGUGCUCUCCUCCGGGGCCACUGUGUCGUCACAGCCACUCACCUGCAGUUCCACAUUGAGGUCAUUAACCCCUAA